GAUAUCAGAAGGAAAGCUUGUAUAACUCGAUCAGCGGUAGCAUCUAAACCUUCUGGAUACUUGAACAUCUAGAUAUUCACCGGAAAAAAAUGUUUUCGUUGGUUCUCUUCCUGAAUGCCCUGACCCUGACCUUGGGUCUUGACAACGGUCUGGCCUUGACCCCUCCAAUGGGCUGGUUGGACUGGGAGAGAUUCCGGUGCAAUGUAGACUGUGUUAAUGACCCGGAGAACUGUAUCGGAGAGCUGUUGUUCAGACAGACAGCAGACAGGAUGGUGUCUGACGGGUGGCUCGAGGCGGGAUACGAGUACCUCAUUGUGGACGACUGCUGGGAGGCUGAGAGUCGCGACAGUGACGGACGUCUCUACGCCGACCCUACACGGUUCCCCAACGGCAUGAAGGCGCUCGCAGAUUACGUUCAUUCUAAGGGAUUAAAGUUCGGCAUCCAUGAGGACUUCGGUCACGAGACCUGUAACCAUUACCCAGGAAGCGAGUUCUACCUUCAGACAGAUGCCCAGACUUUUGCAGACUGGGGCGUGGACUUUGUUAAAAUGGACGGAUGCAACGCCGACCUCGGUGACUUUGACUUCGGUUAUCCUGUUUUGGGAAUGUAUUUGAACAAAACCGGCCGUCCUAUGAUCUACUCCUGUGAAUGGCCGUAUUAUCAAUCACUGAAACACUUCAAGAUCCCUGACUACGCAGCCAUCCGCCGCACGUGCAACACGUGGAGAAACCAUCUUGACAUCCAAGACAGCUGGGACAGUAUGUUGAAGACAAUACAAUUCUACGACCAGGACGAGGGCAACUUCAGUCAGUACGCAGGCCCUGGAGGCUGGAACGACCCCGACAUGCUGAUUCUGGGCAACUUCGGGUUGAGUCCGGACAUGGAGAGGACACAGAUGGCCAUGUGGGGGAUACUGGCGUCCCCACUCCUCAUCUCGACGGAUCUCCGGAACAUUCGCAACAGCUCCAGGGAUCUUCUACAAAACAGGAGGCUGAUUGCUAUCAACCAGGACAAGAUGGGUGUCCAGGGAAAGAAAAUCAUGACGAUUGGUCCUGUAGACGUGUGGACCCGCCCCCUUCUCCCUACCGGUAGUGUGGGCAUUGUAUUCUUCCACAGUGACAUCCUCACCCAUGGGUCUCAGUACAUCUGGAUCACCACCGUCCAGGCUCAGGCCCUAGGGCUCACGUUGUCCCAGGGCUAUAACUUGAUGGACCCCUUUGAUGGCAGCUCUAAGGGCACAGUUAAACCAUCAGACAAUAUCAAAGUCAGAGUGAACCCUACAGGGGUCAUUAUGUAUGUGGCUACACCAGUCUCGUGACUUUAAAGAAAGCCAUCGACCGACUUCCAAAGACUAGAGGUCCUCAAGUAACACGUGACCUAAGUACGUCAUAAUAUACUUUAUUUAUAUGUCCCUACAACCACCACAAUAUCAUCACUGAAUGUAUUGCUUCACGAGCACCAAAGCGUACUCACCUGUGACGUUCAAAAGAUCAAAAUAAUGUAAGCGUCUUGUCAGGAUUAAGCAUGGCUUGAAUUGAGCACGUGAUGGCUAUAUUUAUACCUUUCUCUGCUUGAUGUUUAUGUGAUUCAGGUGAUUAAAACAUUUUAUUGUUUGACUACGCCUGUCCAAGUCAUAAACCCAUAUUGGAAAUGAUUAUGUCGUGUUACAACCACCUGUAAAUAUCCAAUGUGUUCUGUACAAAGAUACCGAAAAAAACAAGCAAAGGAUCAU